GCCAAUUGGUCGAAGUCGGAAUUUUUUUUUUUUUUCGUAGGGUUGAGAUGCACGAAGUAGACAUCCAAUGGACAGUUACUUUUCUUUGUUUCGAGGAGGACUUUUCUUUUCGCUACAUGUUACCUUCUGAUUGAUGAGAUUUACUCCGUACAAUGUUUGCAGCUUGUGAAGAUCGAUGUUGUGGAGGCUUUUUAAACUUGAUCGAUUGAUGACUGGGUCGAUUGAGGAUGAUGAGUCUGUAGCGGCAACCAUCGAGUACGAUUUAUUAACGCAUGAGAUUCAACAAGCUCCAACCACGUGCAAAAAAAACCAAAAAAAAAACCACCCAGCAUAGAGCCUUUCGCCUCAACAUUGGACACUUUUUUUUCCGUUGUGCACACUGUCGCGACCAGAAUCAAUCAUGACCAAGAAAGACCUCGCCAACUAUAGCCUGUACCUGGUUACUGAUUCGACCCCGGAGAUUCUCGGUGGGAGGGACAUCUGCCAAGUGGUUGAGGAUGCCAUCGAGGGCGGGGUCACGAUUGUGCAGUAUCGGGACAAGAAGAGCGACACAGCCGUCUUAAUCGAAGUCGCCCAGAAGUUGCAUCGUAUCACAAGCAAGCACAAUGUCCCUUUGCUCAUCAACGACCGAGUCGACGUCGCCCUCGCCAUUGGCUGCGAGGGAGUCCAUCUUGGGCAGGAUGACAUGAGCUUGGUGACGGCCCGGAGACUCCUGGGACCGGAUGCCAUCAUUGGUAUCUCGGCGAGCACGCGAGAGGAAGCCCUGACGGCAUGCGCAGACGGCGCUGACUACCUGGGUAUCGGUGCCGUGUUCUCCACCAACACAAAAACGAAUACAAAGCACAUCCUGGGUCCGGUCGGAAUCCAGCACCUCUUGGAGAUUAUGCACAAGGAAGGCUUUGGCCACGUGCAGACGGUUGCGAUAGGGGGAAUAAACGCUACCAAUGUACAAAGAGUCUUCUUCCAGUCCGCCACGCCCGGCAAGAAGGUUCUCGACGGGGUGGCCAUCGUCAGCGCCAUUAUGGCAGCGCCCAGUCCUCGCGACGCCUCCAAAAACCUGCUCCGGCUCAUCAAGGAGCCCUCUGCGGCACUCGACAACACUAUACAAGCGAGCGAGUCCGGCGAUAUUCUCGCCCUCGUGCCUGCCAUCAUCAAGGCCGUACAUGAAUCCACCCCACUGUCCCACAACAUGACCAACCUGGUCGUGCAGAACUUCGCCGCCAACGUUGCGCUCGCCGUCGGCGCUUCGCCCAUCAUGGCAAACUAUGGCGAGGAGGCGGCCGACCUGGCCAAACUGGGUGGCGCCUUGGUCAUCAACAUGGGGACAGUCACACCCGAAGGGGUAGAGAACUACGUCAAGGCUUUGAGGGCAUACAAUGCGGCGGAGCGACCCGUUGUUCUGGAUCCAGUGGGAGCCGGAGCCACCACUAUACGUCGGGAAGCAGUCAAGACCAUCCUUAGUGCCGGCCACGCGUCGGUGAUCAAGGGCAAUGAAGGUGAGAUCGCCGCCGUCCUGGCGUCUACCACGCCCUUCUCCAACGGUGACCCAGGACCUCAGCAGCGCGGCGUCGACAGCGUCUCCACUCUACCCGAUGACGAAGCUCGAGCUCGCCUCGCCGCAAGGCUUGCCGCACAGCAACGUGGUUCCAUCGUCGUCAUGACGGGCCCCACAGACAUCGUGUCCGACGGGGAGCGCACCUUUGCCAUCGUGCAGCACGGCGACCCCAUCCUGGGCCGCGUCACCGGGACCGGCUGCUGCCUCGGCACCGUCAUCAGCGCCAUGCUCUGUUCCGGCACCUCUGGAAGCACCGACAAGCUCGUUGCCGUUGUGGCGGGGAUCCUGCUCUACGAGAUCGCCGCCGAGGUUGCUGCCGGUCGCUGCCAGGGGCCUGGUUCGUUUGUGCCUGCGUUCAUCGACGCUCUGGACGAGCUGAGAAGAGCAGCUGCUGGCGGUGACGUCAAGUGGAUGAGCCAUGCCAAAAUCGUCAAGAUGUCAGCAGCGUAGCAGGGCCUUGUUGUGCCUGGUAUCAUCUAAGUCACUAGUAGAACACUGGGUAGUCUUUUGAAAAGCUAGUACUAUUGCUAUCAAUAGAUAUUCUGGCUAAUUCAAACCCACAUUCCCCAUCUGCUUGAUGUCCUCUUUGUCCAGCAUAACGUGUAGAGGUAUAUCAAGGUAGCCCGCAAUCAGUUUCGGCUUCACUUUUGAUAUUCACAUGGCUUGGAAAGGUUUUGAUAAGAAGAUUCUUCAUGUUUGGGUAUUGUUUUUUUAUUCGCUUAGUUGAGCUAGUCCUUUGAGCUAGCCAACGGCUAUUUACACCUCGGCUUGUCUUGCGACAAACGUGUAUAUGUCUGUUUGCUUGCAGUCUUAUUUUGUCUCUUCGACAUCCUUAUCGUAAACCUGAUCGUCUCUCA